AUCAUCAUAGUGAACUUUUUUGUAGCUUAGUAACUUUUUACUACCUUGUCAAGCAAAUAUGUGAUUUUAGUACAUGGAGCUUCACAUGCCAUUCCAAACGCCAUAGUAGCUAUCUGUAGGGCUUUGUGGUCUCAUAUUUUUUAGUUGUAUAAGCAAUUGUGCGUGUAUGUGUACAAACAGUCUACACACAGACAGUGAAACACUAAAUUGGAUUUACAAGCACAAAUCGUAGAUUUUUCUACGCUUUUAUUGAUGUUAAAAAGUACUAUUUAGACGUAUUUCAAUAUUUCAAACGUACAAAUCGCUACGUAUUUUUAGCUAAAAAACCGUAAAAAUAUUUACGUAGGAUUUGUAUCAUUAAGAUAUUCGUAUCAAUGCAUUUUUAGCAUUUUAUCCAUAAGCGAUUUAGAUUUUUAGAGCCCUUAACCUACCCCCAAACCUAACCUACCUAUUUUAUAGCGAAUAAAAAGGAUACAAAACACAACUGACCGAAAUAUGCAGGAAAAUAACCAUUUUAGUAACAAUAUAGCAUUAAAAUAUUUUUAUAGUCGCUAAUCCAAUUCAUACGUCUAAACCUAAACAUAACUAUUUCUAUACAGUAUAAGCCAAACAUGACCGACAGAUAAAUGCAAUUACAAUCAUUUAUUUAUUGCAAAAAUGUCAAAAGCAGUACCAGAAGUACUCCAAAUGACGAUGCGUUGCAGCCGCAGUCACAGUAGGUUUGUGUGAAGUGCAGAGCAGAAUUUAUGUUGUUAAUCGCUGAAAAUAGUAUCCAGAUUUUUUUUUCCCGAUCCACUCCGUGAACUCCUGAAGGCGCACGCACAUCAUUCAAACACACCUCACCAGAAACACAGCAUGUAGCAAUCUGUGACAAUUGCAGGGGAGAGCCAAUGAGCGUUCGAUUAUCCUGCUCCAAAACCUGUCGUUUGAAGCAACGCAACAUUUGAAUUUGUAAAGAGCACGUCAGUCAGUGCGGGCUUUGUUGUUUACGGUCACUGGACUCGCUGCUCGGGAUGGAGAUGAAGAUCGCCAAAUUAAAGGCAUGGAUUUGGGUCUGUUCCUCGCAGUCGUAUGGAUUUGGAAGAUUUGGAUUAAAGCGCACGAAUAAAAUUGUUUCAUUUCGUAAUUAUGUUGCGUUUUUGGUGUAUUUCAUAGUUCUUGGCAUGUCAGAGAAAACGCCUUUUGUGGCCCAUGGCAAAGUAAAUAUUACAGUAUAUGACAAGUAAAGGUUAAACGCUUGAAGAAAUGUUAUUUAUUGUAAGGUUUAAAAGUGAAGUAUUGUUUAACAUUAUUUAGGCCUAUUCUUGGAAAUGAGUUGGCAGCAGAAAUCACACAACAAAACGACGUUAUCAUUUUAUAUGAGUAAACGAGUAAACUAUUUAAUAAUGCAAUUGAUAAUAUAAUAGAUAAUAAAAUGUCAAUAUUAGUGAUUUCAAUAGGCCUAUUAAUAAGGAUUCCUUUUUAGGUGUCGUAAAUAAGUCAGUUUUCAAUAAACUAAUGCUUUAAACAUUUAGCAAAUUAAUUUCAACAGGAUUCUGGGUACACGUAAUAGCCUAAUUUAAGUGUGUUGCAAAUAUAUUCAAAGGAUCAAGUUCCAUUCAUAAAACAAGAACAAAAAAAGUUUUCUCAUGCUUUCUUUAACAUUAACCGUUUGCCCGAAUGUUUUAAUAACUAAUAUAGGAUUAACACAAAAUCAUUAGCUGUAUGCUGUACUGACUUACUGUAUUCUGAACUCCUGCGCGUUUGUUGUGCUUCUGUGUUGAUAUAGGUAUAGCUAACGCAGACUUCUUCAGACGAGCAAAGCUCUUUCGGUGUUAUCCUAAUUUACAAAACGUGGUUAUUCUUUUUAGUGAUGCUGUAUGUUUGUGUGGUUUCGCCACACAGAACCGCAGGUUCUCCGCGUGGUGUCACUGUAGACCGCUAAACUUUAAUAAUUUCCAUAUCGUCUGAACUCCUCCUACGAUUUCGCUGAGUGACGUGCUAUAACCGAGCGUCACAGUCUGGAUGCUUUUCUUGGCGUGUUUCCGUGAGUCAUUCUUCAUUGUGUUUACAGAGUUUUGAUGUUCUUUUGAUCACCUUUGUAUUGUUUUGAUCACGUUGCCAUCUCAAAGGGAAGGAUGGCAAACAGGAAGGACAUAAGGCUCCCACAUAUUACUUUCCUCUGGCUCGUGAUGUGUCUUUCAGUGACAGUGGAUGGUCAGAUUGUCUACUCCGUGUCCGAGGAAGUAAAUAUCGGAACUGUCGUCGGAAAUGUGGUGAAGGACAUGAAUUUAAACGUCCAGGAUCUGGAAUCGCGCGCAUUUCAGCUUGUAUUCGGCACGAGGACGAGGUAUUUUGAUGUGAAUCUGAAAUCUGGCGUCUUGUACGUUGCUGAAAGAAUUGACCGCGAGCAGCUAUGUCCUAAUACUCCAUCCUGUUCCUUAAAUUUUGAGGCGAUAGUAAACCAUCCUCUCAGUCUGAGUCGAGUGAUAGUUAAUGUUAAUGAUAUGAAUGACAAUUCUCCUGCAUUCCCUGUUGAAACUCAGAUUUUGAAUAUAUCUGAAUCAGUGCAGCCAGGAGCUAAAUUUUCCUUGAUCAGUGCAGUGGAUGAAGAUGUAGGAACUUUCUCUAUUAAAGGCUAUAAACUGAGUCCUAAUGAACAUUUCUCAUUAGAAGUAAACCAGGGUGGUGCACAUGGCAUGUCUGCAGAGCUAAUCCUUCGAAAAGCUUUAGAUAGAGAGAAAGAACCUGUAAUUCGACUAGUACUGACUUCUUUUGAUGGAGGGAAGCCAUCCAGGUCAGGCACAUUGCAAAUUAUUGUCAGUGUUUUAGAUAUCAAUGAUAAUGCUCCAGUGUUUAGCAGUCCUCUUUAUAAAGUCCGUGUGACCGAGAACACACCAAAAGGAACUAAGAUUAUCAAACUCAAUGCCACUGACAUGGAUGAAGGUCCAAAUGGGGAGGUAACAUAUUUAUUUAGCAGUCAUGGUCAGGAAAAAAAUCUUGAUGUAUUUGCAAUCAGCCCUGUUUCAGGAGAGCUCAAGGUAAAGGGAAAUAUUGAUUUUGAGGACAAAGCUUUUUAUGAACUUAGAAUAGAGGCCCAUGAUAAGGGGCUUUCCCCGAUGACGGUUAAUUGUAAAGUACUAAUUGAAGUCAUAGAUGUUAAUGACAAUGCACCAGAAAUAGUAAUAACAUCCCUACUGUCUUCUUUAAGUGAAGAUUCAAAAACUGGCACUGCUGUGGCUCUGGUCACAGUUUCCGAUAAGGAUAGUGGACUGAAUGGGAAAGUGAGUUGUAAACUGCUGGGAAAUGUACCUUUCAAACUUGAGUCUUCCUACAAGAAUUAUUACUCUGUUGUUUUGGAAGGCCAGCUUGACAGGGAAAACAUCUCAAAGUAUAAUGUAACCCUCAUAGCAGUUGAUGAAGGAACCCCACCGCUUUCCAGCACCAGUGUAGUUUAUGUUGAUGUUUCAGAUGUGAAUGACAAUCCUCCACAAUUUAACGGUAAAAUAAUUUCUGUCUAUGUAAAAGAAAACACUCCCCUGGGAACCCUCAUUUACACAGUGUCAGCAAUUGACAGAGAUUCCAAUGAAAACGCUGAAAUUUCUUAUUCCAUUGUAGAUAACCAAAAAAGCAUAAAUGCUGUUAGUGUUAACUCAUUGACAGGCCAGUUGUAUAACCUACAGUCUUUCAAUUUUGAAGAUCAGAAAACCCUUAGUUUCCAUGUUCAGGCUACCGACUCUGGUGUUCCUCCUCUGAGCAGUAAUGUGACUGUAAAUGUGUUUAUUCUGGAUGAGAAUGACAACAGUCCGGUUAUUUUACCACCUUAUUCUGAACCUGGAUCAGUUAAUAGUGAGAACAUUCCCUACUCUGCUGAAGCGGGAUACUUUGUAGCCAAGAUCAGAGCUGUUGAUGCUGACUCUGGAUAUAACGCACUUCUGUCUUAUCAUCUAACUGAACCCAAAGGAACGAAUCUCUUCCGCAUUGGAAGCAGCACUGGAGAAAUAAGGACUAAGAGGCAAAUGAGUGACAAUGACUUAAAAACUCACCCACUUCUUAUCACAGUGUCUGAUAAUGGAGAGCCAUCACUCUCAGCGACUAUGUCCAUGGAUGUUGUGGUUGUUGAGAGUCUGGAUGACAUAAAGACAUCGUUCAGAGAAGUCCCAAAUGAGGAGAGUUUUUCAGAUCUGAAUCUGUAUCUGCUCAUUGCUAUAAUCUCAGUAACAUUUAUUUUUUUACUGAGUCUAGUGGGUUUGAUAGCAGUUAAAUGCUACAGGACAGACGUCAGUUUCAGCAGGUACAGCGCUCCAGUUAUCAACACACAUCCAGAUGGAAGCUGGUCCUACUCUAAAUCGACACAACAAUAUGACGUUUGUUUUAGCUCAGACACAAUGAAGAGUGACAUGGUGGUUUUCCCUUCGCCAUUUCCGCCAGCAGAGACUGAACUGAUCAGCAUUCAUGGAGAAGAUACUUUUACACGAACCCAAACUCUUCCUACCACUGGGAAGCCCAAAGGACCAAAUGCUGACUGGCGUUACUCUGCGUCGUUGAGGGCAGGAGUGCAGAGUUCUGUGCAUAUGGAGGAGGCAUCAGCUGUGAUGCAGGGAGCGCAAGGCAUGCUGGUCCAGAACUGGCCCACAGUCUCCAGUGCAGCAGAUGGGGAGGGAGAGGGACAGCUGUCCCCUCCUGUUGGAGCUGGAAUCAACAGUAACAGCUGGAGCUUCCGCUACGGUGCAGGCCCCGGCUACGGUCCUCCACAAGCCCUGAAGCCAGGAGAGAUCCCCCCUGAAGCCUUCAUUAUUCCCGGUGCUCCUGCCAUCAUCUCCAUUCGGCAGGACCCAGGUGCCGUUGAUGAUAAGGGCGAGUUCAUCACCUUCGGAAAGAAAGAGGAGUCUAAGAAGAAGAAAAAGAAGAAGAAGGAAAAGAAGGACAAGAAGGAUAAAGGAAAAGAUGAUGGCGAGGAGUAACAAAUAACGUCCCACAACAAUAUUACAGCUAUCAGCUUAUGUUUGUAGCAAAUGCUGACAGAAAGAGAAAACCAAAAAUACUGAAAAUGUAAAGAGAAAAGUUCCUUCUAUAUACCUUAUUUACCAAUUCCAGUUGAAGAAAGAAGAGAAAUUACAAAUUAACAUGUGAACCUGUGACUCUGAUUGGCUAUUUUUCUAGUUCUGGUGCAGAAAUUAAUCAGCGAUGUCCAAGCCCACUCGCACCUUGCAAAUGACAUUUUCAACCAUGAUGAGGGAAGUCCCUCACCUCUUUUAAAAGGAUCAAAUUAAUCCAGUUAAACUGGAUAUGAACUCAUGCCAUACCAAGAGUUUUAUCUAACUCCAUCCCUGCCUUCCUCCCUCAAUGUCAAAUGGGGAAGAAACAACCACCCCUGGCUCUGUCUCACUCCUUGAUCUGCUGGAAACAAAACUUUAU